GCGAACACUUAUCGACUUAUCGAAACACCGGAGUGCCUGAUGUUCGGAUUGGAAAGUAAACAAGUGAUGCAUCGAUAGUGGACGUCGCAGACUCUGCGGCGCCUAACACCCAUGUGUGUCCUAUCUGUGGAGAUAACGUGAUGUGACAUCGAUAUCGUGCUUGUGUUAUUGUGAAAGUGCAGCUAGUGCCCUGUGACAAUGUUGAAUUGCACCGACCUGGAAUGCAUCCUGCACCACCACCAUUACUAUGCGCACCUGCAUCACAUUCAUCAUUUGCAGAAUGCGCAAGACACAGCAAUGUCGGCCGAUGGGUCGACGACGGACAUCAAUGGACUCCUCAACGAUACAGAAUCAGAUCUCACCGGCCUAUUGCAUGUUGAUGCCCCAAAUGAUGCGAAUUACAUGAUAUGUGGCGUCGUCAUCGCCAUGGCCCUGGUCGGGCUCAUCAUCGUGCUCCUCGCCCUCACUAUUAACAAGCUGAGGAAGCGAGAGGAGCACUCUGCCUCGGUGCACCCCGCCGAGGUGCUGACGCCGGUGCCUGCGCCAGCGCCUGAGCCGCUCGCCUUCCGCCAGCAGCCGCUGUGGCAGUUCCCCCCACCGCUGCCUCCGCCUUACGUCUAUCCUCAUGAUCAGGACAAUCUGAUGCAGCCCCUUGGUAACGAGCGCGCGAGUUUCCGCAGCCUUCGCAAGAACAUCGGCGGUCGUUGGAAGCGCCUGGUGAAGAAAAAACCUGAGCAAGAAGUGUACACGAUCCCUCCCGAGCUCAAACCUCAGCUCAAGCAGAUAUACGUGUACUAGCACUAGCCCUAAGAGUAACUAUUGUAGCAGCAGCAACUGUUCACAGCACUGAAGCAGGGACCCUCACGCUGAUCGAGCGAUGACUUCAGCUAACUAUACGGUUGUCAAUUCACAUUGCAUAUCGUAAAAACUUUGUCAGAACAUCUGCACGGCUGCACAGCCCUUUAUCUCUUGAACAUAUCGUUUAGACCAAUUAUUUUCUAAUGACCAAUGUUAAUUAAAUUUUAUUUUCAUUCAGCACUACAUUGUGAUGUAAAAUCUAGAAUUUGUAUUAAUAAGUAUUAGAACACUGAAGUGUGUUGUUCCGUUGCAGAAUUCCGAAUGUUGUGCAAGUAUGAGUGAUAGUUAAAAGAAUUUUAGUUAAAUGAUUAAUUUAAAGCUAUGAAUGAUUUAGGAAGAUGCGGUCGCGCAUACUAGUGACGAAAAUCCAAUAAUUAUGAUAAAAUAAACGAUGCCUUGUUGAACGUAUGUAAUUUUGACUAAUUAGGGCAUUUUGUAGUUCAUUUAACUUAUUGUAGACACGAUCGUUCGUAGACGAAAUCGAUCAAAUAGUUUUGUGGAGCUAUAUUAUUAUAUACACGUAUGUAUGUGCAUGAAACGUGGUGUGUGACCAGCUAUAGAUUGAUGCAGUAUUUUAUUGUCAUUCAUGAGUGUUGUGAGCGAGACUGAAUUUAUGGUACAAUCAGACCGUAACGUGACUUAUUACAUUCAAAUUCAAUAUUUUCUGAUAUUAUUGACGUUCUAUAUUUUUUCAAUAUUUCUUAAUAUGACCUAGUUUGUUGAAUGUUGCGUUACUUGCAUGUUAUAGUAGUAUAAUUUUGAGAUUCUCGCCCGGUUCUUACUGUGAUAACUAGAAGGAAGAAUAAAAAAUGUAAAGAUGACAUAUCGAGUUUGAAUUGCCUUACCCUGAUCAAUACAAAAUAGGAAGGACCGAGGGCCGAGAAUGUAUUUAGCUCAUAUUGAGCCCGAUAUUGUGAAGAGUUAAGUUUGUAGCUUAUAGGUACAAUUCAGCCAUUUUGAUUUCAUUAUCUUGCAUUAGAAGACACAAUGUUAUACCUAACAGAUUUCUAUCAGAGUGAAACGUUGAAAUGUAAUCUUUCAUUGAAAUAUAAAAAUAUAAAUUCCAUCAUGAA